GUGUCUUAAUUGAUUUGUUAAAACUAACUAUUCAUGCUGGAGAUAGUGUUUUGCAGCAGCAUUUUUCAGAAAGUAGUGCAAGAGCUAAGUACACAUCACCACAAAUUCAGAAUGAGCUCAUUAACAUAUGUGGAAAUAUUAUAAGAGAAAAAAUUGUUUCACGCGCACAGAAAGCUAUUGCCUAUAGCAUUUUGGCGGACGAAAGCUGUGAUAUCUCGGGUAAGGAGCAGCUAUCUAUAGGCGUCAGGUUUUCUGACGAAGCCACUAUAGUAUACGAAGAGUUCCUGGGUUUUAUUGAACUAAAAGCAAUGGAUGCCAAAACAAUAGUGAAUGCAAUUGACACAUUUAUAAUGCAACAAGGUCUUGAUCCAAGUAAAUGCGUGGGACAAGGAUACGAUGG